CAAUGUCAGCCAGAAGUUUUAAACAUGUUACUCUCAAAGGCAACAGAUCCAUCAGUCAAGAGCUUGGUUAUGCAGAGCCUUCUUAAUCAAGAAACAUCAUGUUCACCAUCCAUCCCUAAAGGGUCAGGUGACCAGCGCUCAAGGUCAAACUCUUCUGAAACUUCACCAUCGUCAUUAACUUCACCACCAGUGUCAUCCACUUCAGCACCAUCUUCAUCCACUUCAGUACUAUCUUCAUCCACUUCAGCACCAUUGUCAUCCACUUCAGCACCAUACAAGUCAUCGGCUACAUCUGAAUCCCCCAUUACAUCUAGUGAAAGUAGCUCCAGCACACACAAUUGGAAGGCAGAGGAAGAAAUCUGA